AUGAUAGUACCUGUGCAGCUGCUUUCUCCUGUCACCAAAAGGGAGACACUCACCAAAUUCGCACUUGAGGAAUUCAAGGGUCAUGUGCAAGACAAAGAUGGGUUGUCGAUGAUGGUCAUCGGAGUCGAUGCAGGUUCCUGGCUCCACUCAGUCUGCACCCCUCAAUAUCUUCGAUUCGUACAGUCCAGUGAGAACCCUGAGCUGCGCCGCACAUUGAUGUAUGCACUUGUUGCCCUGGCCAGUGCCCCUUUGCAUGCCCACUUUGUGUUCGGUGGAGUAGACCAUCCUGCAAUUUGGACAGCACCACCCUGGAUUGUAGCAUGUCUGCAAGAGCUGCUGCAGAUCUUCGGGUUUACUUGGUCAAUGGCCAACCACAAGGCUGAACGGGAGCUUGCUUCCUUAUCCAAAGCUAACAAAAUCUGUGCUGUACUGACUGAAGACAGCAAAACAUUUAUGUUUGGUGCCAAUGCUGCCAGGAUCAGUAGUGAAAUCAAAGUCGACGUGUACCUGAACCACGCUACCCCUUCAUCUGAUGGUGACGAGCCUUGUGGCCCUUGUUUUACAUCAAUCCAGCCGAACCUCAUACAUCUCGCUAGCUUUUGGUUUGGCACAUUAUAUUCUUGCGUGCUUUUUCUCCCUGCAAAUGGACUUUGUGGGCCACCACCAAAGCCAUCUUUCUGCAUCAACCGGCAACUUGAGAUUGACGGUGGUGUGUCGGCCUACAAUCUCACCAUCCUUGCCCCAUCUUUCAUCACGGCCAUCAACCAGGGCCUUCAAGCAGGAUGCAGCGACAUUUGUGGAUUCUCAAGCGUGCAUAACGCUAGUCAGGCACCCGACCAUGCAACCUGGUUUCAAGCCGAUGGAGGGGUCAAUAUUCCUACCAGAGUGUUAAAACGAACUGCACCUGAAUAG